UCCAGAGCGCCAUCACAUCGGACGGCUCAGAUGGUCGCGUCAAAUGAAAGCCAAGGGCCGUGCCAAUAUACGCCCCUGGUCCCCGGCUUCCUCUCGCCCCCCAAUCCUAUCCCAUUCAAAUCCCUCUCCGUCUCCGAGCUCCGGUGGAAGGAGAGAAAGGAGCAAGCCCUCCUUAAUCGAAGCAAAAUGGCGCUUCCGGGACAGCAGGCGGUCGAUUAUCCGAGUUUCAAGUUGGUGAUCGUCGGCGAUGGUGGCACAGGCAAGACUACCUUCGUGAAGAGGCACCUCACAGGAGAGUUUGAGAAGAAAUACGAACCUACUAUUGGUGUUGAAGUCCAUCCCCUGGAUUUCUUCACCAACUGUGGGAAGAUCCGGUUCUACUGCUGGGAUACUGCAGGGCAAGAGAAGUUUGGUGGACUCAGGGAUGGAUACUACAUCCAUGGUCAAUGCGCAAUUAUCAUGUUUGAUGUCACCGCACGGCUGACAUACAAGAAUGUUCCUACGUGGCAUAGGGAUCUCUGCCGGGUUUGUGAGAAUAUUCCCAUAGUUCUCUGUGGCAACAAGGUAGAUGUCAAGAACAGGCAGGUGAAAGCCAAGAUGGUUACCUUCCACAGGAAGAAGAAUCUUCAGUACUAUGAGAUAUCUGCUAAGAGUAAUUACAAUUUUGAAAAGCCAUUCCUAUAUUUGGCAAGAAAGCUUGCUGGGGAUCCAAAUCUUCACUUUGUUGAAUCACCAGCUCUAGCUCCUCCCGAAGUACAAAUCGACCUUGCUGCACAACAACAGUAUGAGGCUGAGAUAGCUGCUGCUGCAGCACAGCCCCUCCCAGAUGAUGAUGAUGAUGCGUUUGAGUAAUUGGAGGGUUGAUCGUGUUGGCGAGAUGUCUUUGCUUCUACUACAGCAUCGCCACGUUUUCUUCCCUAGGAAAAAAAAGGUUGAUUUUGCAUUUGGUGUCUCUAUUUGUGGAGUGUUAGAUGAUUGGUUUGGAUAGGUUACGGGUCUGUCAGCGACAUUUGCUAGGACUGCAUAUUGGACGUCCUUUUGCUUGUUUUGUUAUGGAAAUGUUUGGUUUCCAAGGGACCGGGGCUGUCUGAUUUUUGCAUUGAAUUUAGUACUGAGAAUAUGCGAUGUCAGGCUUAUGUUUUAGUUUUCCAUGUACCGCAACUCUGGUGUCGAUUUGUUGUGGCGAUCUUAUGAAUUGUUGGCAUGGGGCAUGGAGAAACCCUCAAA